CAACACAAAACCAUAAUGAAGAACAAGUAUGGGAGCUUAUUGGAAGGAAUAAAACUAGAAAAGAAUCAAACCCUCAUGAACAGGAUCUACAUACAGCUCUACAUCAUAGAGGGAGAGAGUGAAGGAGUAAAUGAAAAACAGAUGGAGAAAACACAUGACACUCCAAUCUACUGCAAUGAUAUCUUUAAACCCUUACAUGAAUCAGGUUGUGAGAAAGACAAAAUCAAGACUGUUCUUACUAAAGGCAUCACUGGAAUUGGAAAAACCGUCUCUGUGCAGAUGUUAAUUCUAGACUGGACCGAGGGAAAAGCCAAUCAGGAUGUAGAUUUCAUGUUUGUGCUUCCAUUUCGAGAGCUGAACUUGAUUAAAGAUCACCAGUACAGUCUUCAUAGACUUCUGCUGGACUUUCAUCCUGAACUUCAAGAUCUGGACUUAAAGAUUUAUGAGGAGUGUAAAGUUGUGUUCAUCUUUGAUGGUCUGGAUGAAAGCAGAAUUACACUGAUGUUUUCAGACAUUGAAAAAGUUUGUGAUGUGAAUGAGUCUUCAUCAGUGGAUGUGUUGAUGUCAAACCUCAUCAGAGGAGAGCUGCUUCCCUCUGCUCUCAUCUGGAUCACCUCCAGACCAGCAGCAGCCAAUCAGAUCCCCUCAAAAUACAUCAACCGUCUGACAGAAAUUCAGGGAUUCAACGGGCCUCAGGAGGAGGAAUAUUUCAGGAAGAGAAUCAAUGAUGAGCAUCAAGCCAGUAGAAUCAUUUCACAUAUUAGAAGAUCAAAAAGUCUUCAUAUCAUGUGUCACAUACCCGUCUUCUGCUGGAUCUCAGCCACUGUGCUUCAAAACCUCCUGAAACAAGAUGACAGUGCAGAAAUCCCUCAAACUCUGACUGAAAUGUACAUCCACUUCCUACUGACUCAGAUCAACAUGAGGAAUCAGAAGUAUGAUGAACGAGAUCCAGAGAAACUCCUGCAGUCCAACAGAGACAUGAUUGUGAAACUGGCUGAACUGGCUUUCAAUCAGCUGAUGAAGGGCAAUAUGAUGUUCUAUGAGGAGGACCUGAAAGAGAGCGGCAUAGAUGUCACUGACACCUCAAUGUAUUCUGGGAUGUUUAAGGAGGAAUCUGUGAUUCAUCAGAGGAAAGUCUAUUGCUUCAUACAUCUGAGCUUUCAAGAGUUUCUGGCUGCUUUCUUUGUAUUUUACUUGAAUGUAGUCAAGAAUACAAAAUCACUGAAUUUGUUCCUGGAUGGCUGUAACUGGAACAUCUGGGAAAGCUUUCUUCUGCAUGAACUACUAAAAGCAGCAGUUAAUAAAUCCUUACAGAGUGAAAAGGGACACCAGGAUCUCUUCCUGCGGUUCCUACUGGGCGUCUCACUGGAGUCCAAUCAGAGACUCUUACAGGAUCUUCUGGCACACAAAGUGAACAGCUCAGAGACCAUCAAGAGAGUCACAAAGUACAUUAAAGACAAAAUCGAAGGUGAUGAAUGUCUCUCAACUGACAGGUGCAUCAAUCUGUUCCACUUUCUGCUGGAAAUGAAUGAUCAGACUCUGUACAGAGAGAUUCAGGAGUUUGUAAAAUCAGAGAAUCACUCAUUGAAGAAACUUUCUCCAUCCCACUGCUCAACAAUAGCCUACAUGCUUCAGAUAUCAGAGGGACUGGAUGAGUUUGAUCUGAAGAAAUACAACACUUCAGAUGAGGGCAGAAGGAGACUGAUACCAGCUGUGCUGAACUGCCAAAAAGCUCUGUGA